AUGUUCAAAAGAGUCAAAGAAGCCGUCAGUUUUAUUAGUUUGACUGUGCAUUGGUUAGACGAUCAUUUCGAAAGACGUAGUGCUGCAUUAAAUGUAGAUGUAUUUCCCGGUAGUCAUACAGGAGACGCAAUAGCAGAUAAAUUGACAUAUCUUUUGGCAUCUUGGGGCCUUGACAAAAUUCGGGUACAUUUGUUAAUGCGAAACAACGGUGGGAAUAUGGCUGAAGGAUGCAGAGUGAGCGACAUAGGGAGUGAAGGGUGUACUAUUCACGCGCUUCAAUUGGUCAUUAAGAAUACUAUUGAAGGAAAUGAAGCUGUCAGCAUUUUAUUAAAAAAAUGUAAAAAGAUUUCCAAGUUUUUCCAUAAAUCGGCACCUGCAAGGUGGAAUUCCACAUUAUACUUAAUGUUGCGCUUCUUGGAGCUGGAAUUUUUUCUAGAUUUAUUUUCUGAGGCUGAAGGCGAUGAUUCAAAAAGUUUGACGUGCGCAGAAUGGGAGAUACUGGAAGAAUUGGCAAAUCUCUUGCAGCCAUUUAAAGAGGUCACAAAGUCGUUGAUUUAUAAUGAAUCAUGUAUAUCUGAAGUGAUUCCAACCAUAAAAACGUUGCAUUUUUGUUCGUCGAAGCAGAAAUUCACAUACAAAAUCCUGCACAAAUCUGUUUUGGAAGCAGAAAUUGACCUCUAUCUCAAGCAAGAGCUGUUAAAACACAUCAUCACCUCCAUCAAAAUCGUGGGAGAAAAUGAAAGGAAUAUUCCCAAAUUUAAGCAAACUUGUGCACCGUUUCCUCUCCACGCCCUCGAGCAGCAUAUACAGCGAAAGGCUCUUUUCCGAAUCAGGAAACAUUUCGGACAAGAGACGGAAAAAUCUACUGCCUAUGAAUGUGGAAUUACUAACAUUCCUGCACCACAAUUUGCCACUGAUAAACUUUAA